AUGACAGCAACUUUUCAAAGUCGAGAUGAUUACUUCUUCGCGUUAGAAGGUGGUCCAUGGCUCAUUCAAAACCAUUACCUUACAGUGCAAACAUGGAAGAGAAACUUUAAUCCUUGGAACGAAAAGAUUCAGAAACUCGCGAUAUGGGUUAGACUUCCAGGGCUUCCAGGUGACUAUUACGACAGGAAGUUUUUCUACAACCUAGGCAACAAAAUAGGGACAGCUAUCAAAGUGGAUGAGAUGACUUUAACAAGAGCCAGGACAAUGUAUGCUCGGCUGUGUGUCGAGAUUGACCUGAAUGCUCCGUUACUCCCGUCGUAUUUUGUAGAUGGCAACUGGCUCAAAAUAGAAUACGAAGGUCUACAUAUGAUAUGCUUCCAAUGUGGCAAGUUUGGACAUAGUUCAGAGAGAUGCCCGUCGAAAAUUACUGCACAAAAUCCAGAUGCUGGCUGGAAAGUCGACUCAAGAAGAGGACGUAAGCACCUGCACAAGGAGAGUAGGUCGGCUGAAGGUCAGAAAAGAGAGGUCAGACACUAUAGAGAAGUAAGAAAUGCAUCGAGAUUUGCUAUUCUGGAAGAUGAAGGUGACAAGCUGGAGAAAAGAGGGGAAGAGGAAGAAAGUAGCCGUACCUUGGUUGACAUAACCAAUGAACCACAUCUGAGGGAGACUAGCAAGAAAGAAGAAAGAGUGCAGCUUAGAAAAAAGGCUACGGACGGUAGGAAGGAGUUAGAAGACAAGGAAGGGAAAGGAAAAGGAAGAAAUAAAGGGAGUGGCAAAAAGGAGGCUAAGGAGGAAACAAGUACUGAGAAGCACCCGGAGUCCAAAAAAGAGUGGGCCCAAGAAGAAAAGAAUGGAAAAAGAAGGCGUAAUAGGAAAGGAGAAAAAUAA